AUGCAUGACCUGAGCCCUGCUUUGUCCACAGCCGCCCUGGGCACGCUGGACUUCAGCCUCCUCUACGACCAGGAAAACAACGCCCUCCACUGCACCAUCAGCAAGGCCAAGGGCCUGAAGCCAAUGGACCACAACGGGCUGGCGGAUCCCUAUGUCAAGCUGCACCUGCUGCCAGGAGCCAGUAAGGCAAAUAAGCUCAGAACAAAAACCCUCCGAAACACUCUGAACCCCACGUGGAACGAGACCCUCACUUACUACGGGAUCACGGACGAAGACAUGAUUCGAAAGACCCUGCGGAUCUCCGUGUGCGAUGAAGACAAAUUCCGCCACAAUGAGUUCAUCGGGGAGACACGAGUGCCCCUGAAAAAGCUGAAGCCCAACCACACCAAGACGUUCAGCAUCUGCCUGGAGAAGCAGCUGCCGGUGGACAAGACGGAAGACAAGUCCCUGGAGGAGCGGGGCCGCAUCCUCAUCUCCCUCAAGUACAGCUCGCAGAAGCAGGGCCUGCUGGUCGGCAUCGUGCGCUGCGCACACCUGGCCGCCAUGGACGCCAACGGCUACUCCGAUCCCUACGUGAAAACAUACCUGAAGCCAGAUGUGGACAAGAAAUCCAAACAUAAGACAGCAGUAAAGAAGAAGACCCUGAAUCCAGAGUUCAAUGAGGAGUUCUGUUAUGAAAUUAAGCAUGGGGACCUGGCCAAGAAGACCCUGGAAGUCACCGUUUGGGAUUAUGACAUCGGAAAAUCCAACGAUUUCAUUGGUGGUGUGGUUCUGGGCAUCAAUGCCAAGGGCGAGCGCCUGAAGCACUGGUUUGACUGUCUGAAGAACAAGGACAAGCGGAUUGAACGCUGGCACACGCUGACCAACGAACUCCCUGGGGCUGUGCUCAGCGACUGACUGGCCCCCACCUGCCGCCGCACCCACCCUUGCCUGUCACUUGGCCCAACACAGGCCUGGCCCUGGGCUUCCUCAGCUGCCACCAAGGGCCUCAGCCCCCACGUUGGGAGAGACCCAGGACACCUGCUCGGACACAGAACCACUGCAGCCCCCUCUUGGAGGCCAUGGAGGACCCAGCCACUCCGAGGGACAAGGGCUGAGGGCCUGGCCUCCUUUCAGCCCCUGGGGCCUGACAGGGCCAGAGGUUGGAGGAGAGGAACUUGGCCUCAGCACCCACCCCAGGGACAGGUAUGGGGCCAUCCAGGGGGCAAGGGCCCUACUAGAGGUACGUCACAGGAGACCUGGGCUGAGAGGACAGGAGUGCAGGGCACCUUGGGGGGGCCAGUGAGAACUGAGAGGAACACUAGGAAGAGGGGCAUGGGGGAAGAAGUUUGGAGAUAGGACGACAACCAUUCAUCUCUGGCAUUACUGGGCAGGUAGAGAAAAGUUGACCUGAGGAGCCAGGAAUCCAGUGAAGCUCCCAAUGAACGUGGGCAUUUGACAGAUGCUUCCCUUAUUUUACAAGCUUCUGGGGGUGAAUGAAACCCAGGGCGUGCCCUCAGGGAGUUCCCCCGCCUAGUCAGGGAGCUGGAAGCAAACCAUUACAACAGGGAGUGAGGAAUGCCAAGGCCAGCAGGCCCACCUGACUGCUAAGAGGGCAGGGAGGACUUCCCAGAGGAAGUCAUCCUUCAGCAGGCCUUGAAGGGUAGUGGAAUGUGUAGGCAGACAAAGGGGAAGGGCAGUGCAGGCUCUGGGAAUGGUCUGCAAAGGCCUAGAGGAGAGAGAAUAGUGAAUGGGCCAGGGGCACUAUGAGGGACUCAGGGUUUCUCUAGGGGGCAGGGUUUAUUAGGACAGGAGUGGAACCCAGCCCUGCUACAUCCGCAGCACUGGCUGCUAGGCCAGCCUGGGCUCAAAGCUGUGGGGGAAGUGAUGUUGGUGCAGGGUCAAGUUCAGUCCUCAGACCUAGUUGGCUCACCUUUGAUCACUUUCUCCUGAGGAGCACGGAGGAUAGAUCCUGCCUCUCCAUCCCAGCAUAAGCAUCAUGUCAGCUGUAAUCAGAACAGAAAAGGGUCCCUUGUUUUUCAUGAAAGGAAGCAAAAAUUCUUCCUUGUCCUCACCCUCCUCUUCCUUUCUGCUGACCCCUCCACACACCUAGUCUUCUGGGUUUGGGACUAGAUAGUGGGGGGACCCCAUUUGGUUGUCUGUACAUCCUGGCCGUACUAUGGCCACUGAUAUUCCUCUCAGGAAUACUGGGCAGCAGUCCAGAGCCUUGUUUCUGGGAAAUCUAGGAGAGAGACACCCUGCCUGUAGGCCUGUCUAUACCCUGAGUCAGGACCUCCAAAGAGGAGUUGAAGGAUUGGGGCCCAUGUCUGAAGCCCCAGACUUUUCCUGCUUAGCUAGGGGCCUUCAGGAAUCUUGGAUGAACAAGUGCAUAAUGAAGGAAUUUCUGUGUUCAACCCAUCACUGCACUAAUGGAAGAGGGAGUCCAGAGAGGGAAGUUGAUCUGCUCAAGGCCUGGCAGCCUUACCACAGCUGGGGCAGACCAGGCUCCAUGGCCCCUGUUCCACCCCCAGCCCAGAGCUCUGGACACCACACUUCAGGGGAAGUAGGGUGCUGGGCUCACACAGGAGAGGUCCUGCUAGCUGUCGGCCUAAGGCUCUCCCCUGCCUGCUGCCUACACACAAUGGUAGCAGCAGGGCUCACAGGGGUUGGCCCUUCUGCUGCAAACUCAAAGCACACCACCACCUGAGGCCUGGGGCAAUGAUGUGAAUCCCACCAAGUGCCCAUCAGCCUUUUCCCAGUUUGCAGGGAACACGGGACUCCAGCCCCCACACAGUACCUGGCAACCUUUGCCGGUCAUGGAACCUUGAUUUUCCCAUCUUUGAGAAGAAGGCUUGCGUGUGUAGAGUCUUACAUGCACGGUCUUAAUGAAUCUUCACAACCCUUGUGUCUGGGUGAGCUCUGGGUUUGUUAACUUUGCCUUUUGGAGGGCCUCAUUCAGAGGGGAAACUCGCAGCCUCUCUGUGAAAACAUGGAAAUGCUCAGUGACAAAGCUGGAAGAGGCUGUGAGUCCACCUAGUACAACUUCCUUAGAUACAUAGGGAACCUGAGGCCCAGCUGAGACAAGAACCCAGGACUCCUAGCACCCAGUCCAGGGCCCUCUACUGCCCCAGGCUGUGCAGGUGUAGACUUGGCCCUGAAAGAUGGUCCAAGCUGACCACAGGGAAGCAGGGCUUCUGCACAGCCAUCCAAAGUGGAGGGUGGGGCACUUGGGCAGGAGGGCCCCCAGGGCGUGACAGAACCUUAACCAGAACCCUGGCACUGUUCUAGACCACAUGCAGAUUGUAUCUCUGUUAGAGAAAAAGCUCUGCCUUUGACCCCAAACUGGCAUCUUUCCUCUGGUCCAUCAGAUCCACAGAGAUGGGAAAUUUGACACCAAAAAAGUCAUUCCAAAGUCAGGCGUCAGUAACCAGGGGGGUCUCCAGAUGCACAGCAUCCACCUCCACCACUGCCCUUCCUGGUCUCUGCCCCACCCACCGCCAGCACUAGCCAAUCCCCGACGGGCCCGUCUUCCAACCCUGAAGCGGUAACCUCCUGACCUCUAGUGGCGAGAGCGAGGAACUGCACCUCCGGCCCGUGCAUGUCCAGUCUUUGUUCCUUCCCAACUGAGAACCUCUCAAUGCAUGGACUCUGGCUGUCGUCGACGCAGACUCUCGUGCACUGCUUAACACUGUUUUGCUACCACGUGAUGGCUGCAGAAAUCGUCCUUAAACUGCAGCCCCACACACAACUUUUGUACUUUCAUCUGACCAACCCGGAGGUGUCCUUUUUAAGUCUUAUUUAAUAUUUAUAAUGACAUAUAAUCCAAAAUAAAUGGAAGCGCUCACUGCAA